AUGCCAAAACUUAAAAGAAAAAUUAAAUUAUGUAAAGAACUUGCAGCUGCUAAGAAAAUCAAAACAUCAAAUAAAAAUAAUUUAGUAAAUAUUGAAGCUUUCAAUAAUGAUAAUGAUGUAGAGAAUUUAGGUGUUGAGGAAUUAUCAAAUAAUGUGGUUGAAGGAGAUUCAAGUAAUGAAGUUGGAGGAUAUUUAGAAAUUGAAAUUGAUGAGGAUUUUGAGUGGUUUGAUAAUGAAAUUGAAAAAAAUGCUGACUUAGCUAUAAACAAAAUUGAAUUAAAAUUAAGUGCAGAAAAUUUGUCUCCAGGAUAUAGAGUACAUUUGAAAGCUGUUCAAAAAUACCUUAGUUUAAGAAAUAAAGGAUAUGCAAAAAUUGAAGCCAGUGAAAUAGUUUCUGAUCUUAUGAAGAAAGGCAAGUGGUUUUCAAGAUGUAUAAGAAGCUGGUCAAAGACUUUUUUAGAAUAUGGUGAUGUUCCUAAAUCUAGACAUGGGCAACAUUUAAUUGGAAGCAGUAUAUUAGAUGAUGAGGAUGUGAGAUCCAAAAUUAUUUCAUAUUUAAGAAUAAAUAAAGUUUGA